AUGAAAUUCAAUUUCUUCGGCACGCGUACGACGAAACCGCAGCAGCAGGCCAUGAGUAAAGAGCAAGCUCGGGCAUGGCAGCGCAGUUUGCGGUCGGAGAUGAGGAAGAUAGACAGGGAGUGUGGGAAGAUGGAGAGGGAAGAGAAGAAGGUCGAGCUUGAGAUAAAGGGCUUGGCGAGGAAGAAGGAGGUCUCCAGCAUAAGGAUAUUGGCGAAGGAGAUAGUACGGACGAGGAAGACGCGAGAUAGGAUGCUUAUGGCUAAGGCUCAGAUGAACAGCGUUAGUAUGCAGUUGCAACAGGCGGCGAUGACUAUGAAAAUGGGGGAGGCCGUCGCGGGCUCAACACAG